AUGGGAAGUAUUAUUGAACUGAGGCUGGGUCCCGUAUUGAAAAUGACCGACAGUGUCAUUAAACCGUUUCUGUGCGAGGUGAUCGACAAGGCAAUCCUCCGAAAUGAAUGGGAGAAGUGGUUGAGGGCGUUUACAAUAUACCUCGAGGCCGAGGGUAUUGAUACCGAGAAGCAGAAGAGGAGUAAGCUACUGCUUUUGGGAGGAGUCCAGCUACAGUCAGUAGUAUACUCUCUACCUGGUGCGCUGGUGGAGCCCAGCGACGGAAAUAAAGAAGACAUCUAUAAAAUCCUCAUCGAUCAUUUAAAUAAACACUUCUCACCGAAGCAGAACUCAACGUUUGAAAGACAUCUAUUCAGAGGCCUGACACCGUUGGACACAGAAAGCUUUGGUGAUUUCAUGCUGCGACUCCGCCAACAAAUGCAACGAUGUGCAUUCGGAUCCUCAAAAGCGGAGAUUGAGAAUAUAUGUCUAAAGGAUAAAAUCAUAGAUGUGUGGGCACCUCUAGACCUCAAGAAAAGACUUCUGGGAAAGGAGUAUUCACUAGAGGAAGUGAUCGAAGCAUGUCAGGCCCCAAUUUCCGUUGAGCCGGGUACCGAAGAGAUUGCCUCAUUUUACGUGAUUGAAAUUGGAGAACAAUCUCUGCUGGGCCGAGACACGGCUAUAGAAUUAAAAGUCCUCCGACUGGGAAGAAACAUUAAUCGUAUUGAGGAAAUGGAGCCUUUUCCAAAAUGGAAAAACUUUGAAGUAAGCCUUUCCAUAGAUUAUGAUGUGAAACCCGUUCAACAACCAGUGAGACGAAUCCCGGCAGCGCUCGAGGACAAAGUCAUGGAAAAACUGGAUGAAGCCCUGAGUCGAGAUAUAAUUGAACCAGUCACGGCCCCGAGUGCUUGGAUAUCUCCCAUCGUGCUUGCGUUUAAGGAGAACGGGGACAUCCGCUUAUGUGUCGACAUGCGACUGGCAAACAAAGCAAUCCUACGGGAAAACUACCCAUUACCAACUUUCGACUGCUUUAUGACCAGACUCAAAGAGGCUAAAUUCUUCGCACGCCUAGACCUCAAGGACGCCUAUCACCAACUGGCCCUUGAUGAGUCGACCCGGGAAAUAACAACGCUCAUAACUCCAAGGGGACUUUUCCGCUAUAAGCGUUUGAUGUUUGGAGUAAAUUCUGCUCCCGAAAUUUUUCAACGCCUUCUCGAGCAGAUGCUAUCUGCGGUACCUAACGCCAUGAACUUCAUCGAUGAUGUCAUCAUCUUUAGCGCAACUGACCUCGAAAUCGACAGCGCCGUAAAAGAAGUAUGCCAGAUCUUCCAGGAAAAUAAUGUCCUACUGAAUAAAGAAAAGUGCAUCUGGAAGACAAGCAAACUAAAAUUCCUCGGACAUAUUUUAUCCGACAAGGGAAUAGAAGUCGACCCUGAGAAAAUUGACGUCAUCCGAUCUUUCAGAGACCCAAAGAACAAAGAAGAAACGCGGAGCUUCCUCGGUUUGGUGACCUACGUCGAGAAGUUCAUUCCGGACCUUGCAAGUCAUACAGAUCCUCUAAGAAAACUGCUGAAAACUGAAAGCAAAUUCACCUGGGGCGAAGCCGAGAAAAAUGCUUUCAGCAACCUAAAGAAUCUCCUAUCCAAGGUACCCAAAUUAUCAUAUUUCAAUGCAAGGCAUCGAACACGAGUGAUUGCGGACGCCAGCCCGGUUGCCCUUGGGGCUGUGUUAUUGCAAAUCAAAGUCGACAACGAACCUUUAAUAAUUACCUUUGCUAGCAAGGCCCUGUCGGAGGUGGAGAAACGCUACUCCCAAACUGAAAAAGAGAGCCUAGCGCUGGUUUGGGCAGUGGAGAAAUUUUACUACUAUCUGGCAGGCCUGCACUUCGAACUCGUAACUGAUCACAAGCCCUUGGAAGCCAUUUUCAAACCAACAUCCAAGCCCCCAGCUCGCAUUGAAAGGUGGCUGCUGCGGCUCCAGGCAUAUACGUUCACCGUUAUCUAUAAAUCCGGAAGAGACAACAUAUCAGAUGCGUUGUCUCGACUCUGUCAACUACCGGCGGUAGAACCAAUCGACCACAAGACGGAAUACAGCAUCCUUCGCGUCGUACAGAGCUCUAUCCCAAGAUCUAUGACAAUUCAUGAAAUAGCAGAGUUUUCCAAGAGGGAUGAAGAGAUUAUGGAUGCAAUCAGUUGCCUGGAGAACGAUUCCUGGAAGCCCGAUAGUUCAGUGGGCUUCUACCCGUUUCGGUAUGACCUUUCAGCGGUUGGCUCGCUCCUUUUGAGGGGAAACCGCCUAGUCGUGCCAACAUCUCUGAGAGUAAAAAUACUGGAGAUAGCCCACGAAGGACAUCCCGGCGAGACAGCAAUGAAACGCCGCCUGCGAUUCAAAGUAUGGUGGCCACAAAUAGACAGAGAGGCAGAAAAGUUUGUCAAAGCUUGCAGAGAUUGUUGCCUGGUAUCACAAGACAUCAGGCCACCCCCUAUGGACAGGAAUCCUUUUCCCACUGGCCCUUGGAUUUGGGUAGCGUCGGAUUUACUAGGUCCGCUUCCCAACAAUGAAUAUGUUCUAGUCUUCAUUGACUAUUUCUCACGAAAUAUGGAGCAUAAGUUUUUUAAAACCAUAUCUUCAACGACCCUGGUAGAGGUAAUGAAAGAGAUCUUCUGUAGACUGGGAUAUCCUGAGCACCUACGAACGGAUAAUGGACGCCAAUAUGUGAGCGAGGAGUUUUCUAACUACUGCAAAGCGUGCGGCAUUAAACAAGUUCGAACCCCACCGUAUUGGCCGCAAGCAAACGGGGAAGUUGAAAACAUGAACAGAGCCCUUGUAAAACGCUUAAGAAUAGCAUACGCAAAUGGGAAAAACUACAAAGAGGAAAUCCAAAAAUUCGUUCUUAUGUACAACGUAACCCCACAUGGAACAACAGGGUCUGCGCCCACAAAGCUGAUGUUCAACAGAGUCAUCCGUGACAAAAUACCGGGCAUUGGGGAUAUCUACGAGAAUACCUUAGACUCUGGAGAGAGAGAUAAAGAUAUUAUUGAAAAAAAUAAGGGAAAGCAGGCAGCCGACAAAAGAAGAGGGGCAAAGGAAGUCGAUAUAGAAGUGGGCGACAAGGUGCUUUUGAAAAACGUAGUGUUCCCAAAAAAUCUUACAUCAAACUUCGACAAGACGGAAUUUACGGUUUUAGAACGACACAAUAAUAUUGUGGUGAUCGAAGGGGGUGGUAGAAAACUAACAAGAAAUGCCUCACAUCUUAAGAAAGUUCCUCCUGCCCAACGCCGCAACCAGAUGACAGCUUACCGGAAUCAACACCUACCUCGGAGAACGCAGUACUCCAGCCCACAGAAGGAAGCCUCGGGAUCCAGCCACCCCUGCCGCCAUUAA